UCAUCUGUCCACCGAAGACACGCUCAAUUACCUACCCGCUACCGCCAUCCGUCACGGAAAUUGUCGUAACACUGUAAAACAAUGCUCGCAAGUGGUGCGCGUACCUGCGCUUUACUUUUUUUUUCUACACGCGAACCGACCGUUGUUAACGUUGACACAACACAUACGGCGCCGCGAUAUCGUUAUCGCACACGGAAAACCUUGUCCUACUUUUUCUUUAACCGUGCCAUGUAAUGUACGUGCGCGGGCGUUAUGUGUGUGAGUGCGUGACGCAAUCUUCCGGAUGAGAUUUUAUCCUCUCCCUUUUACGCCUCGCGAAAUAAUUACGUGCAGUGCUCCCUGUGUAAUUGUCGCGGUCAUGUUGUCCUGAUCGUAUCCGUUUAACGCGUCUGCAAGUCCGAGCAGUGAUAUAUACACGUGAAGACUAGAGAACCCGCUGAAGAGAUGAUCUGCGAGUUUGAUCUGUGAUCUGGCCUCGAGUUCCUCCUAUAUCGAAAAUGUCGAGAUGCCAAUAAAUGUUUCAGUCCAUUGUUAUUGCCGGGGCGAGAGAAAGAGUGAAAGAGAAAGCGAGAGAGAGAGCGAGAGAAAGAAAGAACAAACUGCAACGAAAGAUGGCGCGUCAGGAUGGCAGGGAUGCCGCGGAUCAAAACUUCGAUUACAUGUUUAAGCUGCUGAUAAUCGGCAACUCGUCCGUCGGAAAGACCUCCUUCCUCUUUCGCUACGCGGACGAUUCCUUUACCUCGGCUUUCGUGUCAACCGUAGGAAUCGACUUUAAGGUGAAGACCGUAUUCAGACACGACAAAAGGGUCAAGCUACAAAUCUGGGAUACAGCGGGUCAGGAAAGAUACAGAACGAUCACGACGGCCUACUACAGAGGCGCGAUGGGUUUCAUUUUAAUGUACGACAUCACAAACGAGGAAUCUUUUAAUUCAGUACAGGAUUGGAUCACACAAAUAAAGAAUUACUCGUGGGACAACGCCCAAGUAAUUCUUGUGGGCAACAAGUGCGAUAUGGAAGAGGAGAGGGUGAUCAGCACCGAGAGGGGUAAACAGUUGGCGGAGCAAUUAGGAGUACGAUUCUUCGAGACAUCGGCCAAAGAGAACAUUAAUGUCAAGGCAGUGUUCGAACAGCUGGUGGACAUAAUAUGCGACAAGAUGAGCGAAUCUCUGGACAAUGAUCCGACCCUGAUGGGAGCGGGCGGUACGGGCCAGGCCAAGGGCCAACGACUCACCGAUCAGCCGACCAAUCCAGCGAACACUAACUGUAAUUGCUAAAAAAAUGCGACGACACGCAAAGGAGAGGGAGAAAAACGGGAGAUCGUAUUUUGUGCGUGUGUCUGCGCGCAUCUGUGUGCACGUGUGUGUUACGUGUGUUAGAUAAGGCUAAAAAAAGGAGAGAGAGAGAGAGAGGAGGAGAAAGUGUCGUGUGCGACGCUGGUGUGUUAACUAGUCCACUUACUUCGUCGUUCCCUCUCGUUACAUUAUUUAUUUCAAAAUUCGCCUUUCGUUUCUUUUCACCCUUUCUCGGCGCGAAAUGAUAUAUAUGAAUAAUGUACGCUAUAUAAAUACAUAUAUAUAUAUAAUAUAUAAACAUAAUGAUUGUGAUCAUCGAGGUGCGACCGAGUUAGCUAACGGCCGUUAAAUAAACGGUCGUAGUUUUCCUUUCAGUUCGUCUACUUGACGAAAGUCAGGGACUUGACACAAUUUCCGAAAAUUCUAAUUUCCAUGUUGCAGAUACGAUAUAUUAAAGGCGAAAAUGCGCCAAUUGUCAUGUUUUUCAUGAUCAGAAAUAAAAGUCAAUUGUGAUGAUCAUAUAAAUUCACGGUCUUAUAAAAAUUAAUUAAACUGAAUUGGAAUUUAAUCAACUCUCUACUCUAUUUCCUUCUGGAAAAACAAAAGAGGCGAAAGAUCCAAUUGAGUCGUAGUUAGUAUUAGUCAUCUGGAUAAAAAUAACCGUCGGAGUAACAAAAGAAAAUUUCGACAAAAAUAUCUAAUUCAAUCAUACUCUUUUCGCAGUACUUUUCUAUCGACAAAAUAAAUCGUCAAUUUCACAUUAUGCCAAAAUAACCGUUUUUUAUUGAUUAUUUCGAUUCGUGGCAUACAUAAGGAUUAGCUUGACGUGUCUGUGGCAUCGAGAUUUGAAACCAAAGGGAAUGAUGCAUGUUUUGAUUUCUUUUAAUGAAAGGGAGAGAAGGUAGACGCAAACCGCGAGGGGAAGAGAUUGGACGAAGGUGCAUUUUGUUUUGCGGUUGAUAAUGAUUAAUGACGACGAUUGUUAAUAGCAGGGACGAUGUUGCUCACUCGAUGUUUGGCACUGUAAUAGACUCACGCAAAAGGAAGUGAUUCCACAUGUCUCAAGUCCGUGCAUUAAGUAAGAUACGCCCAGGAAAAUCUGACAAUAAGCGUCAAUCACUCGACAAGACUCCACAAGAUUUCAAAAUGCCGAUCAAUCAGAGGCGUAACAGAGUCGAAUUAACCCUUUGGCUCCUACCGUCUAAUUUGAUGCGGACAAUGCAAGUAAUGUUCACGUUUUAAUGUCGCUUUGAAAUUGUAAGCUGGUUAGAAAAACCAUAUUAUUCAAGAGAAUAUUUAUAUUUAAAAUAUUGUCAGAUAUAUUUAAUAUUUAACGAUACUCUGUAACAAUUAGUGACAUUAUUGCGGCAAUAAAGGUUCAGCGACGGAUGUAAGCACGUUUAAAUGUUCACGGAGACCGAAGGAGUCAAAGGGUUAAAUACAGAAGCGAUGCGAUACGUGAGCACGAUUUGCAUUAAGUUUACAUUAACAUUCGUUAUAAUUGAAGCGGUGAGUUAAAUAAGUCUGACAAUUGAUAAUAUAAUCGGAUACUAUAAACUGAAAAAUUGUUCAAAGAUUGAAAAUAAAAAUAUUUCAGCGAAAUGCUUUUAAAAAAAAAUGUUUAAGUAACGUGCCCAUUUCUAAAAAAAAGACGUCUUAUUCCCUAAAGCGAAACAUCGCUGCAUCCAACUUUUUUGGCACACAUAAAGCGCUUUGUUUCAAUCAAAUAGUAUUCGAUUAUUCAUGCGCGCAAUCGAUGAUUCACUGACACACACCUGGCAUGUAACUCUCGUAACUUAUAUAGAUACAAAGUGUCUCGAUGACGAUAAUGACAAUGGCGACACGCAACGCCGACAUGCACAAUUUAUUUUCGCUCAUAAAAAUUCGAGUAUUUAAAUCCACCGACCCCCCCCCCCCCGAAUGUUAAAUUGCGUUUUUUCGUUGUGACUGAAGUGUAUCGUCGCAAACGUUUUAAGCGUCCUGUUCAGAUUGAUUAUAAUAUCGAAUCUUGAUAAUAUCACGAAAAUAUCUUCAGUAUACACUGUCAAUACUUAUAAUUGUAUUUUUAUUUCAUUUCACGUUACUCUUCGCGUUUCAUACAUUGAGAAAAAAAGUUGUUAACUUGACUAAAUAUUUUCAACUGAUUAUUAUUUUUCUAAUUGAAAUAUUUACGUAUUUAAAUUAAAUACGACAUAUUAAAUUUAACAUGACGUAAUUUGAUACUCAAAUACCUAAAUAUUUCAAUUAAAAAAAAUAAUCAGUUGAAAAUAUUUAGUCAAGUUAACAACUUUUUUUUUCUCAAAGUAUAAGUUCUUUUACGUCUCAUUCAGAACAAAAACGGACAUUUGUUAAUAUAAAGGCACGUUAAGCGACAAACUGUAUCGCAAAAGAAACUCAAUUUUAUAUAGUUCUUGCUGUGUGUAACUAUCCGCACGAUUAUCUAUUAAGCGACUCCAGAACGAGAAGGUUGCGAGAGGGAGAGAAUAUCGUUUUCGCGGUAGACCGUAAAAAAUGUUAUAUUAAAUCCCUAUGAGUUUUUCGAGAAACGCUGUCAACGCGAUAUAUCGUGUAACGAUUCAAUAUAAUUAUCAGUCAGCCAAUUCAUAUUGUAUCGACCGUAAUGGCAUUCUUCGCGAAAUUAUUUAAGGUAGGAGGCAUUAGCGAGCAUUAUUACCGGGAUCGACGAAGGCCGAGGUCGUAACAGGGCCGGAUACAAAUUUCGCUAUACUGUAAAUCAUUCAGAGGAACCAGCAGCAUCGAUCUGGCGUCAAUUAUCGAGGAGUGCCGGCGUCCCGCUUACUAUACUUCAGUCGUCAUCCGGCGUUAAAACGUACUAGGUAAGCUGCCCUCUGUACAUAAGUGAGAUAAUAAAUACAAAAAAGGUA